AUGGACCGCAAAGUGGCACGGGAGUUCCGGCACAAGGUGGAUUUUCUGAUUGAAAAUGACGCAGAGAAGGACUACCUCUACGACGUGCUGCGCAUGUACCACCAGGCGAUGGAUGUGGCCGUGUUGGUGGGAGACCUGAAGCUGGUCAUCAACGAGCCCAGCCGCCUGCCACUCUUUGAUGCCAUCCGGCCCCUGAUCCCGCUGAAGCACCAAGUGGAGUAUGAUCAGCUGACCCCCCGGCGCUCCAGGAAGCUGAAGGAGGUGCGUCUGGACCGUCUGCACCCCGAAGGCCUCGGCCUCAGCGUGCGCGGUGGCCUUGAGUUUGGCUGUGGGCUCUUCAUCUCCCACCUCAUCAAAGGCGGCCAGGCGGACAGCGUCGGGCUCCAGGUCGGGGACGAGAUCGUCCGGAUCAACGGCUACUCCAUCUCCUCCUGCACGCACGAGGAGGUCAUCAACCUCAUCCGGACCAAGAAGACCGUGUCCAUCAAAGUGAGGCACAUCGGCCUGAUCCCAGUGAAGAGCUCUCCGGAUGAACCCCUCAAAUGGCAGUACGUGGACCAGUUUGUGUCGGAAUCUGGGGGAGGCCGGGGCAGCGUGGGCUCCCUCGGGAGUCGGGAGCAGAAGGAGAAGAAGGUCUUCAUCAGCCUGGUGGGCUCCCGGGGCCUCGGCUGCAGCAUUUCCAGCGGCCCCAUCCAGAAACCCGGCAUCUUCAUCAGCCACGUGAAGCCUGGCUCGCUGUCUGCCGAGGUGGGGCUGGAGACUGGAGACCAGAUCGUCGAGGUCAAUGGCAUCGACUUCUCCAACCUGGACCACAAGGAGGCCGUGAACGUGCUGAAGAGCAGCCGCAGCCUGACCCUGUCCGUCGUGGCUGGAGCUGGCCGGGAGCUGUUCCUGACGGACCGGGAGCGGCUGGCAGAGGCACGGCAGCGGGAGCUGCAGCGCCAGGAGCUCCUGAUGCAGAAGCGGCUGGCCGUGGAGUCCAACAAGAUCCUGCAGGAACAGCAGGAGAUGGAGCGGCAAAGGAGAAAGGAAAUUGCCCAGAAGGCAGCCGAGGAGAACGAGCGGUACCGGAAGGAGAUGGAACAGAUCGUGGAGGAGGAAGAGAAGUUUAAGAAGCAGUGGGAGGAAGACUGGGGCUCAAAGGAGCAGCUGCUCCUGCCCAAGACCAUCACCACCGAGGCGCACCCAGUGUCCCUUCGCAAGCCCAAGUCCUUUGGGUGGUUUUAUCGUUACGAUGGCAAAUUCCCAACCAUCCGGAAGAAAGGAAAAGAUAAGAAGAAAACCCAGGAGGACAGCCUGCAGGAACUGAAAAAGAAUAAGAAGGAGCUGGAGUUUGAGCAAAAGCUUUACAAAGAGAAAGAGGAAAUGCUGGAAAAGGAAAAGCAACUAAAGAUCAACCGGCUGGCCCAGGAGGUGUCGGAGACAGAGCGGGAAGACCUGGAGGAAUCGGAAAAGAUUCAGUAUUGGGUGGAGAGGCUCUGUCAGACGCGGCUCGAGCAGAUCUCCUCCGCUGAGAAUGAGCUUUCCGAGAUGACCACAGGGCCCCCACCUCCCCCGCCUUCUGUGUCUCCCCUGGCCCCACCCCUGAGACGCUUCGCAGGCGGACUGCACCUGCACACCACUGACCUGGAUGACAUCCCCUUGGACAUGUUCUACUAUCCCCCCAAGACUCCCUCAGCCUUGCCCGUGAUGCCCCACCCUCCACCCUCCAACCCACCCACCAAGGUCUCUGCACCCCCAGUCCUUCCCUCAACCGGCCACCUGAGUACCUCAUCCUCGCCCUGGGUGCAGCGCACGCCACCCCCCAUCCCCAUCCCUCCCCCGCCGUCCAUCCCCACACAAGACCUCACUCCUACCCGCCCACUGCCCUCGGCACUGGAGGAGGCACUGGGCCACCACCCCUUCCGCGCCAGUGACACAAGCAACCCAACAGAGGACUGGGAAGCAAAGAUCCACGGUGGGAAGCCCACCAGCUCCCCCGUUCCUGAGCGGAGCUUCCCUCCCACCCCAAAGACGUUUUGCCCAAGCCCCCAGCCUCCACGAGGCCCUGGCGUGUCUACCAUCUCCAAGCCUGUCAUGGUCCAGCAAGAGUCCAACUUCAUCUACAGGCCAGCCGUGAAGUCCGAGGUCCUGCCACAGGAGAUGCUGAAGAGGAUGGUGGUGUAUCAGACUGCAUUUAGACAAGAUUUCCGGAAAUACGAGGAAGGCUUUGACCCCUACUCCAUGUUCACCCCGGAGCAGAUCAUGGGAAAGGAUGUCCGGCUGCUGCGCAUUAAGAAGGAGGGAGCCCUGGACCUGGCGCUGGAAGGCGGCGUGGACUCUCCGGUCGGGAAGGUGGUCGUCUCCGCCGUGUACGAGGGCGGAGCGGCUGAGCGGCACGGUGGCAUCGUGAAAGGGGACGAGAUCAUGGCAAUCAAUGGAAAGAUUGUGACAGACCACACGCUGGCCGAGGCUGAGGCCACCCUGCAGAGGGCCUGGAACCAGGGCGGGGACUGGAUCGACCUUGUCAUUGCUGUCUGCCCCCCAAAGGAGUACGACGACGAGCUCUCUUCCCUCCCCUCCUCCGCAGCCGAAAGCCCCCAGCCGGUCCGCAAGCUCCUUGAAGACCAGGCUCCCGUGUACAGACACGGGUUCCUCCUGCAGCUGGAGCCCACGACAGAUGACGCCAGUAGGAACCUGGUCUACACCACCUACUUUGCCGGGUGA